UCUUCCCUCACUCUCAUCUCGUUUCCCCGUUCUUUCUUUCUUUCUUCUCCAGGCCCUCCGGAUUGUUUAAGCUAUGCCAACCCUCCUCCCCGUCCUUUCAAUUUCUCUCACUUUUUCUUGAUUUCCCGGCUUCCCUUAGCCGGAAUAUUCCGGCAUAUCGUCCUCCUAUUAGUAUAGUGAAAUAUUUAGUUCGUGGUUUCUUGGAAUUCAUCAGAUACUGGUUUGGAUUAAUUGGUUCUCAAAGAUUCAAACCUGAGGCUUUUUGGAGCUCAGAUGCUCUUAAAGAUCAUAUUUUGAUAUCUGGCUGUUCCGAGAUUAGGCGGUAGAAUGAUUCAAUAUCCAGUUACUUGAGCUUUGAUCAGUUUAAUAGUAUUUCUCAUGGAAGACAGUCCUGAAAAAAUGAAGAAUAUUGGGUUGGAUGGAAGCAGAUGUUCAAGGGACUUGUUGCAGAGGUUCAUGGAAGUCACCUGCGGCGGUCCCGAGAAGGCAGCUGAGGAAGACGGAGGGGUGGAAUUGAAUCUUGGGUUGUCUAUGGGUGGGAGAUUUGGGGUGGACAAGAGUUCAAAAAAGCUAGUGAGAUCUUCUUCCGUAGCUUCAUGUUUGCAGAUUGUGAGAGACGAUGAUGCGGUGCCUGCACCGCCGUCUCCGGUGGCGAAUUCCAGUUUGGUCAGAACUUCUUCCCUGCCGGUUGAGACGGAGGAAGAGUGGAAAAAGAGGAAGGAGUUACAGAGUAUGAGGAGAAUGGAAGCUAAGAAAAGGAGAUCUGAGAAGCAGAGGUGUUCAAGGGGAUAUAAAGAUGCAGGCGCCGGCGCUGGCGGUUCUAAGAGGGAGGAGCAGUACUUAGCGGCGGCAAAGAGUUAUUAUGGAAGUGGGAUUGAAGUGGGAAUGUUGAAGGGGGGAAAAUGCUACCCUUCAUCUAGAGGGUCACUUGAGUCUCAAGGGGGUAGCUCUUCAAGUAUAUCAGAAUUUGAAAGUAAAGUUCUUCAAGGAUCCUGUGAGUUGAGCCCUGGGAGUAUUCAUUCCUUGCCAGAGGGAAGAAGCCAAGAAGCCGGUUCUUCUACAACAAAGACAAGAGACCUUGCAAGAAAGAUGCCAGGUGCCGAAACUGAAACAUCAUGUAACGAGCAACGAGAAACCGCAGGACUGCAGGCGAAAAAGGCCGGGAUGGCAGCCGUGGAGGAGAUGCCAGGUGUUUUCACCAAAGGAGAAGGCCCAAACGGGAAAAGGAUAGAUGGAAUACUAUACAAAUACGAUAAAGGUGAGGAAGUGAGAAUAAUGUGUGUUUGCCAUGGGAGUUUCCUCUCGCCCGCUGAGUUUGUGAAGCACGCGGGAGGGAAUGAUGUUGCUCAUCCCCUCAAACACAUUGUCAUAAACCGCAACUCUUCUUUUUUUCAGUAAUUGUUGUAUUAUUUGUUGGAAAAUUGGGAGUAUUUCAAAUGAAAAUAAAUAAAUAAAACUUUACUUUUUUUUAUUAUUUUAAAAUAUUUUAA